CUUACUUUAAAUGAUGCGCUAGAUCAACGGGCGCGGCCUUCAAGUUAUGGGUGAUCGGCCUGCAGGUUGAGUCUACGAGACAUGUUCUGGUGUUUAAUCUAUGCAUUUUAAUAUAAAUUUGUGCACUAUUUUCCGAAAUUUCCGUUUUGUUGUUAAAUGAUGUAACUUCAGUUCGCACAAGACAAAUCUUUUGGUGUGAUCUUCUAUCCAUGUAGGUCAACAGCAACAACAGCUGCCAGUGCCUGUCCGGAUACCGUUAUCCAGUAUUCGUGCACAAUCAAGGCCCCUCGGAAAUAUUGUUCCUGCUAACGUCCCUCGGCCACCCAUGGUUAACCAGGUGUACUUACUUCCUAAAUCUGGGAUAACUAAUAAUGUCCUACCAAAUGCUCCGAGUGUGAUGCAGGUUAGGAGUUUGGCGGUUGGACAACCUGUUCUUCAACCAAAUGGUGUACUUACUACCACUCCUGUUAUGCCAAGGGUUCUCACACCUCAGUCUGGUUCCUCAACUAAAUUAGUCGGAUUUUUUAACCAGUUGCUAGAACUAUCAAAGAAUGUCUCCGUUAGCACUCAUAGUUCAGUGGUAACGCUAAUUCAAGCACUAGUGAAUGGAGAACUUGAUGCAAGCUCGUUCAGUGCACAGCUACGUAGUAAUCUUAAAAGUGCCAAUCCUGGUAUGGACCUCGCUCCAUUCAUAAAAGACAACAUAGAUUUACUAAGAAGAGAUCUGGCUAAUGGUGUAUGUCGUCUCCCAAACAUACAACCUCCCCCCAAAGAUGUCUUCACAGGUGUACCCACAGCAGUCCCUGUCUCAAUUGUAACUACAUUAUCUACACUUCAGGCUCGUUCUAAUGCCGCAGUUUCUACAACCCUAGUUUCUUCGACACUACCUGCUGGUCCUCGUAUUACUCUUCCAACGAAUACAACGUCUCGUAUAGUAGGCACACUCAUGUCAACAGUUUCUUCACCAGUCAUUCCAACUAGUCCUGUUACUGUUCCAGCACCUCGUACACAACCUCCGCUAUUGGCUCCUGCCCCUCCCCGGACGUGUAUUACAUCUGCCGUAAACUUUGAUGCAUCUCCAAGUUCUAACACCGGUGCAAAAUAUCGUCUAGCUCAGUCUUUUGGUGGUGUAUCGUCUUCAACGUCUGUUCUAUCCAGUCCAACUGCUACUACAGUGGUUUCGACACGUUUCACAUCAACUGUUAACGGCACGCGUCCGAGCUACCAAAACCUGCGACCAAUUAUUGCUUCCUCAUCCACUUCUGCAACAUUGGGUAUCAAUCUGGCAUCUAUAAAAUCAGUUGCUGGUGUUCCUGCAUCUGUAUCUCCUUUAAUUCGUGCUAAGUCCGGAUAUGCUAAUACCUAUUCUUCUGGAAUUCUACCCGCUGUUCAAAAUAAAGUGGGUUCCAACCUCUUACCCUUGAGUGGAUCUACGGUAUUAUUAGAAGGUGCAGACCGGAAACAGAAUGAUCUCCCGUUCUUGAACGAAGAUAUCCGUCACGCUCCUAUUUCACCUACACGCGACAAUCCAUUUUUCCCGGCAGAAAAAGUUAAGGAGAUAUUAGAAGCCCAUGGCAUCAAAACACUAACAGAAGAAUCUAUCGUAUGUCUUGCUCACGGUUUGCAAAUAUUCAUCAAAAACCUGUUAUCUAAGCUAAGGAUUGUAGUAUCACAUCGUCUCGAUCGUUUAGGAGAGGAUUCUCGUUUGGUUCAGACGGACCACACACGUGAACAGUUGAGGUUUCUUCAGAAGUUGGAUGAACAUGAUCGAAUAAGGCAAUCAGAAUUAGAAAAGGAUCUCAUUUUAAAGGCUGCAAAAUCGCGUUCUCGAAAUGAAGAUCCUCAUCAAAUGCAGAUGAGGGAAAUGGCUCGGAGGAUAGCAUCUGAAGAUUAUGAACGUGAAAAGCAACAUCAAGCUAAUCUUACAGCUCUUUACGCUAUUGGUCCACAACGCAAGCGUCGCCUAGAUAAUUUAGAUGAAAUGGGCAACCCCAUUCCAACAGAUAUUUUGGGAGCCUCUCUUGGAACAAGAGAUGGUGUCGCAAAUUUGGUGAGCGCCCUACCUACUGCUACUGCUAAUCGCCUUUCUAUUGUCAGUGCCAGUCGACUAGGGUUAGUAACAUCAGGAUCUAGCUUACCACAACUCGGUUUAGAAGCUUCAUCGGCAAAUUCGAAUUCCUCGGUCCCUGGUGUCAGUUUGACUGGUGAUACCACGUCAAGCACAUCUGGGUUUUCACUCGCACUCAGCCUCAGGGCACAUCGUGCAACUCUGAGAGACAUACAGGUAAUACUAUCCCGCACAUCAAGACUUCGCCGUACACGUACGUACUACAGGACGUAUUGGCGCUCUCAGCCUUAAAAAUCUUUUCUUUAUUUCUGAUUUUUGUUUUUGCAACAAUUUGAUUUCUGAUUGUAAUAUUAUUUAGUUAACUUUUUAAAAAUCUUUUAUGUUCUCUACCUAACUUGUAUUAUAAAAUCUUUGUACGUUAUAAUUGCUUUUGCAGAAGCCUACUCUGCUAGAAGUCUGGGUUUACAUGUAUAUAUAUAUGUAUGUUUAUGUACUUACUUUCGUAAUAUUCCUACCGCUGUAUGAAAUGUGAUGCUAGCUUCAGAUUCUUUUUCCCUAUUAAAUUUGAGAUUUCAUAUAUUUUUCCAUACCAUCUGUACAUUUACCAAUUUUCAUGUAUAAUUUGUUUACUGUACAUAAUUUUCGAUUAUCGUUUCCAGAAAACAAUAAUCCUAUAUUAUUUCUUUAGUAUUCUACAA